GAAAAGGAGAAGAAGGAAUCAAAGGUUGGAGAUUCAUUUGGUCCAAGUUGGGCUACUUUUUGGUUUGAGAUUAAUUUCCAAGUGCCAAAAGAGUGGAUCGGAAAGGAAGUACAUUUUUUGUGGAAUAGUAAUAGUGAAGCUUUAUUGUUUGAUAAGAAUGGUGUUGUAUUGCAAGGUUUAAAUGGUGGCGAAGGAUGGGAUAGACGUGAGGAAUUUUACAUUGAUCAAAAAUUAAUUGAUCAAGAUGGAAGUUUAAAGUUUUAUAUUGAACUUGCUUGUAAUGAAAUGUUUGGAAAUGGUUUUGGUGGACAAAUUAAUCCUCCAGAUCCAAAUCGUUACUUUAAGUUGAAAAAGGCUGAAAUUGCCCUAUUUGACAGAUUGGCCUUUGAUUUGAUGUAUGAUUUCAAGAUUGUGAUGGAAUGUGCAAAGGAAUUGGACAGUAAGAGACAUAGAUCAAGAGAAGCUCUCAUCACAGGAAAUGAGAUGUUAAAGGUUUUCGAUCCAAACGAUAGAGAUUCUUGGCAAGAAGCUAGAGAUAUUGCUGCCAAAUUCUUGGGUAAAAAGAAUGGUGACUCUACUCACAAUAUUAUUUCUGUUGGUCAUUGUCACAUUGACGUUGCUUGGUUGUGGCCUUAUGCUGAGACAAGAAGAAAGGCAGGCAGAAGUUGGGCUAAUCAAUUGAAGUUUAUGGAACAAAAUCCAAAUUUCCAAUUCAUGCAAUCCCAAGCUCAAUUAUAUGAUUGGGUUAAGGAAGAUUAUCCUGAACUUUUUGAAAGAAUCAAGGCUAGAGCAAAAGAAGGUAAAUUUAUUCAUGUUGGUGGAUCUUGGGUUGAGACUGAUGGUGUUCUCCCAUCUGGUGAAUCAUUCUGUAGACAAUUCCUUUAUGGACAACGUUUCUUCAAGGAAGAAUUUGGCUCUUAUUGUACAGAAUUCAGUCUUCCAGAUAGUUUUGGUUACUCUGCUGCAUUCCCUCAAAUUUUGAGAUUGAGUAAGAUUGAUUCAUUCAUUACUCAAAAACUUUCUUGGAAUUUAUUCAACAAAUUCCCUAACUCUACAUUUGUUUGGGAAGGUUUGGAUGGUUCUAAUGUAUUUACUCAUUUCCCUCCAGCAGACACAUACAAUGCCAGUUUGCAAGUUAAGGAGUUGUUAUUCACUGAAGAAAACUUUAAAGAUAAGGAAAUUAGCUCAUACAGCUUGUGUCUCUAUGGUCAUGGUGACGGUGGAGGUGGUCCAGUUAUUGAUCAUCUUGAAAGAAUUAAGAGAAUUCACGAUGUUCAAGGUUUGCCUAGAGUAAUUGAACAAACUCCAAAGUAUUUCUUUGAUAAAGUUAAGGAAGAAAAUAGAGAAUAUCCAUUAAAGACAUGGAGAGGUGAAUUGUAUUUGGAACUCCAUCGUGGUACUUUCACAAGUCAAGCAGCUGUCAAGAAGGGAAAUCGUAAGUGUGAACUCAUGUUGAGAGAAGCUGAAUUAUAUGCCACAUUGGCAAAGAAUUUGGCUGGUUUCAAUUAUCCUCAAAAGGAAUUUGAAAAAUUGUGGAAGAAUGUCUUACUCAAUACAUUCCACGACGUUUUGCCUGGUUCUUCAAUUGGUCUCGCCUAUGCAGAUGCAAGAGAAAUUCAUCAACAAGUUUUGAAACGUGCCAGCGAAAUUCGUUCUGAUGCUCUUUUGGCUCUCACAAACAAGAAUACCAAGACCAAUGGAACUCAAUUGGAAAAGGCAAUAACUGUUUGGAACUCACUCCCUUGGGAAAGAAGAGAAAUUGUGGAGAUAGAUUGUCCUCCUGAGGUAUUGGCCAUUGUUGCAUCUGCCUCCUCUACCGAGUCUAUGGUUACUUUGAACAAGAAGGGUCAUUCCUAUGUAUUGCGUAAUCAAUUUGUUGAAGUAAUUAUCAACGAACAUACUGCCACAGUUGACAUUAUUGACUUGAAGAGCAAUAGAAAACUUGUUCAAAAUGGUAAUAGAUUCGUUCUCUUCAAUGAUAAGUGUUUAUUCUGGGACUCAUGGGAUGUAGAAAUUAAUCACUCAGAGAAAGAACUUCCAAUCAAAGGAUAUUGUGAAGGUUCAUUAACUAUUAAGGUUGUUGAGAGUGGUCCAUUGAGAUGUGUCUUGGAAGUUUUCCUUCCAAUUAGUGAAACUAGCUCCCUUUCACAAACCAUUACGUUGAACUGUCUCUCAUCAAGAUUGGAUAUUGCAAACAAAGUUGAUUGGCAUGAAAAGCACAAAUGCUUGAAAGUCAAGGUUCCAACUCAUAUCUUCUCCGAUCAUGUUACCUUUGAUCAUCAAUUUGGAUUUAUUAGACGUUCCAAUUUGAAGAAUACUAGUUGGGAUGUUGCUAGAUUUGAAGUUACUGUUCAAAAGUAUAUGGUCAUUUCAGAAUAUGGCAGUGGUGUUGCCUUAAUGCAAGAUUGUAAAUAUGGAUGCUCUGCAACACAAGACGGUACUUUGUACUUGACCUUAUUGAGAGCUCCAAAAUCACCUGAUGCUAAUUGUGAUAUGGGUCAUCAUGAAUUCACCUAUGCUAUUCAAUCAUACAAUGCCUCAACAUUCCAAGACGCUCGUAUUAUGCAAAGUGCUUAUGAACUCAAUCAACCUGUUAAUGUAUUGACCUAUGACAGACCAGUUCAAUUGAAUGAAAAUGAAAUUGUUGCUGUUGAGACUGAAGAAUCAAUUAUU